UUAUCGACACACGACAGCGGAAGUGACAUUGUGGGCGCCUACACAGUGGGUCCGCUUUAGAAACAUGGCUGCCGCCAGUGUAGUGGGUAUUUGUAGAAGAGUGUCAGCGUUUCUGAAGGCUACCGGCUCCCUAGUAAAUCCCAAGGCCCCUGCUGGCUCCGGGCUUCCUUUUAGUUUGUUGCAUAAGAACAGGCCACAUGUCACAUCUUUUCUCCAGUGUAAAUUACUUCAUACCACAUUGUCAAGGAAAGGACUAGAAGAAUUUUUUGAUGACCCAAAGAACUGGGGGGAAGAAAAGGUCAAAUCUGGAGCUUCAUGGACCUGCCAGCAGCUAAGGAACAAAAGUAAUGAAGACUUACAUAAACUUUGGUACGUCCUUCUGAAGGAAAGAAACAUGCUUCUAACUCUAGAGCAGGAGGCCAAACGACAGAGAUUGCCAAUGCCAAGUCCAGAGCGGUUAGAAAAGGUUGUUGAUUCCAUGGAUGCCUUAGAUAAAGUUGUCCAGGAGAGGGAAGAUGCUCUAAGGCUUCUUCAGACUGGUCAAGAAAGAGCAAGACCUGGUGCUUGGAGAAAGGACAUCUUUGGACGAAUCAUCUGGCACAAAUUCAAGCAGUGGCCUAUCCCUUGGUACCUAAAUAAAAGAUACAAUAGGAAACGGUUUUUCGCAAUGCCUUACGUGGAUCGCUUUGUCAGACUACGACUUGAGAAACAAGCCCGCAUUGAAGCAAGAAAGAAAGGUUUACAGAAAAAGAAAGAAAAGAUUCUCCAGGCAAAGUUCCCACAUCUCUCUAAAGAACAGAUAUCAAGCACUGUCUAAGAUGAGAUCCAGAAGUCUGGUUCCAUUGUUCUUAAAGCACAGUCUGUCGUGAUGUGAAUGUUUCUGUUAGGCAGUUUAUAAAGAAAUGCUCUUGUCAACUGA